AUGUCCCGAUUGGUUCCGUAUUUGGUAACACCGGAACCCAAGCGAAUUGCUCGUUUCAUUGGGGGUUUGGCCCCAGAAAUCAAAGCCAGUGUAAAGGCAUCUCGACCUGCUACUUUUAGGUCAGCAGCUGAUCUAUCUUUAUCCCUUACUUUGGAUGCGGUCAGGCUGAGAUCGCUUAAGAACUCGGAAGAGAGUAAGAGAAUACGUGAGGACGAUAACUCACGAUGGUCUGAGAAGAAGCAUAAGGGAAACACAGACCACAAGAAGAAGUCUGGAUCUAGCAAGGGUAGUCAGCAAGCGGAUGAGAAGCCAAAGUGCAAAACCUGCCAGAAACGUCACUUUGGAAAAUGCAGGUUUGAAUCCAAGUCUCAAACAAGAUCGUCUGCAUGUGGGUUAUGCAAGUCCAAGGAGCACAAGACAUUAGACUGCAAGAAAAUAAAGGAUGCGACGUGCUAUAACUAUAACGAAAAGGGGCACAUCAAGACCAACUGCCCUAAAUAUGCCAAAAAGCCUGAAGAGGUCAAGAAGACCAAUGCAAGGGUCUUUCGAAUGGAUGCACGAGAAGCUGUUCAGGAUGAUAAUGUGAUAACAGUUAAAACCCUAAACGUGAAAUAUGAGGUAGAAUUGGCGGAUGGUACCUUAGAGACAGCCUCAACUUUAUAG